AUGACGCUCAGUAUCUCGAUUGAUCCAGACCCGCACGGCUCGGAUCACUCUUUGUCCGACGAGGACUCGUCUGGUGUGCAUGUUUCUGUACCUUCAGAGGGAAGCCAUGAUUUCCAGGACUAUGAUGAGUGGGCGCAUUUGCCUUAUCCGCAUGAAUUGAAACCGUCUGAUUCAGCCUCCCGACCAAGAACUUCACGCAGCCGCCCGCUCCACGGUUCACACUCCGCUUCGGGCCGUCGCCCAACAUCGCGACGUAUGAUUCCAGAACGCGACUCGUUCGCCUCUCGAGGCCGAAGACAACGAUCCCCCGAUUCUCCUGACAGUGUGGAAUCGGAUGAAUUUCCUCCUCACUUUGAACGACCACCACCUGAUCGGAGGGCGUGGCCCCCAACAGCGCCACCUGCCCCUGGUUACGCUCACAGCCAGUCCUCUGGUCCAUCUUACAAUGCCUACCCUCCCGCGCCCGGUCAUCAACCUCCUUAUGCGCAUCCCAACGCCCAAAUCACCUCUGAUCUGAUGAGAAUCGGUCAUCCCAACCAAGCCGCGCAGCCCCCUUAUGGGGCUCCUUCACCUUACGGGUACAACCCUCAAUUUCAACCCCCCCACGGCUCUCCUAUGCAUCAUUUCUUCCCGGAUCAAUCCCAACAACGCCAUAUGUCUCGCCAGCCACCUCAGUCGCGAAAUGAUCUGCACAAUCCACAGGCGCAUAUGCCACACCCCAUGGCGCCCCAUGGCGCCCCCAACCCUUAUGGGGCAUCUCCUUUCCCCUCGCAUGAGUUGAUGGCCUAUGGACAAGCCGGUUAUUAUCGAGAUCCUACCUAUUUUGGGGGACCGAUGCCAGGCAUGAUUCCUCCUCACUUUUGGCCAGUCCCCUACCCCCAAGUAUCUUCUCCUCCGACACAAGCGGAACCAAAGCCUUCCCCGCCUCCACCCCCACCCCCCGCUCCAGAACCGGCACCGGCACCACCAGCACCCACCCCGGCUGAUACGGCCAAAGAUGAAGCAAUUGCCCGGUUGGAGCAGUUGAUUAUAAAUGAUCGCAAAGAGCGCGAAGAUAAAGAAAAGGCCAUUAAAGAAGCCAAAGAUCGUGCUGCCGCUGAGAAGGCCGCGCAAGAUGCGCAGACAGCGCAUGACAUGAAGAUCGCCUCAGAAGCUGCAGCUCUUGCCCGAGCUGAUGCGGAGGCAAAGGCGGCAGAGGAUGCCGCUAAGGCCAAGGGUGAGGCAGAAAAAGCCGCUGCUGCCGCUGCUGCAGAGGCUGCAGCUGCAGCAACGGCGGCGGCAGCAGAAGCUGCCAAACCACCGCCUCCACCACCUGCUCCGGAGAAAAAGAAGCCUAUCAAGUUCAAAGACGCUGUUGGGAGAAAGUUCAGCUUUCCGUUUGAGCUGUGUGCCACAUGGCAGGGAAUGGAGGAGCUCAUUCGGCAGGCUUUCCUUCAUAUUGAAGUGAUUGGUCCCCAUGUGGCUGAUGGACACUAUGAUCUUAUCGGUCCCAAUGGCGACAUUAUCCUUCCACAAGUCUGGGAAACGGUUAUUGAACCGGACUGGGCCAUCACUAUGCAUAUGUGGCCAAUUCCCGAAAAGCCAAAAGAAGAUCCCCCUCCCCCGGCAGAGGUACCAGCGCCCCUGGAUAAACCUGCCGAGGCGCCUCCGGAGUCAAAGAAGAAGGCAGAGUCGGGCAAUAAGAAGGCAAAGGCCAAGGGUCCGGCUAUGCCUGGAAGUUUUGCAAUGUGGAUGUUAGGUAACAACGCCAGGCCGAAGCAGGUCUCAAAGGCGGAAAAAAAGCCUGAACCGCCUGCUUCUGCGCCUCCUUCAUGA